GGCGCUGUGUUCCAAGUGGGUUCUCACCCAAAGAAUAAGAAGGCCAUUCGGUUCAACGCUGGCGUAUCCAACCGGCGGCGAAAACAAGUAACUCAACUCGACGGGAAUCGUUUCAGUCGCGCAACUGCCUCUAUAAGGGUAUUUCAUCAGUAGACUUGGACCUGCUGAAAUGGGAGACCCCCCUUUUAACAGAGACUGUCCCCUGGACUGCAAAGUUUACGUUGGGAAUCUUGGAAACAAUGGCAAUAAGGCUGAGUUAGAAUCGGCUUUUGGAUACUUCGGUCCUUUAAGAAGUGUUUGGGUUGCUCGGAACCCACCGGGCUUCGCCUUUGUCGAGUUUGAAGAUCCACGAGAUGCCAAUGAUGCUGUGAGAGAACUGGAUGGAAGAACAAUGUGUGGAUGCCGACUCCGUGUUGAAUUAUCCACUGGGGAAAAGCGUUCUAGAAGCCGUGGUCCUCCUCCGUCCUGGAGUCGAUACCCCAGGGAUGAGAGCAGGCGCCGUAGCUCUCCAGUUAGACGCAGAUCCCCUCGGAGGAGGAGCCUGAGCCGCAGUCGCAGCAGGUCUGUUUCACGAGACAGACGCAGAUAUCGGUCUGUUUCCAGAGACAAGACCCGUAAGCGUUCAAGAUCAUUCUCACGGUCAAGGAGCCGCUCUCGUUCGAACGACAGGAAAUGAGGAUGUCACAGAAUGGCUUGUGUGGGGGAACUUGCAUUUUUAUAGUCAUGCUUUCUUUUUAGAUGUUUGUACCAACUCAAGGUGGUGGUCGGGUUGUCCAAGUAACCUUGUCAUUACAGUCAGUUAAAUAAAGGACAUAGUUUUUUUUCUUCUAUAUUCUCGUUAAUUCAGCUCAUUAAUUUGGUAUUUUGCAGGGGUUUUUUUUGCAAUGUUUUUUUUUUUCCCUCCUGUUAUCCACUUAAUUCAAAUGUUUUUUUUUAUUUUGCUUUUCAUGUGUGAUGGAAAACAGAAUCGAUUGGUGCCGAAAAUAGCAUCUGCAACUAUUUUUCAUUUGUCACAUUUUCAAAACAAGACACUUCUUAUUUUCCAUUUGAGCUCUGACAACUUUGCAAAUGAACCAUUUUCAUCAAUAAAUGUUUUUUUGUCUUAA